AUGUUGCUCUCUCAUCUGCGUGAAACGCCGCGUGAAGCGCGUGGCUGGCGUCUUUGGUUCAGCGCUUGGGCUGUUGGCGCUUUGGGUAUCUCGCGAGGUCUUGACGAAGGUAUCAUCUCCGGCGUUCUCAAGCAGCACAGCUUUGUCAAGACAUUCGGCUUUGACGACAACUCGCCUCAGGAAGCCACGAUCGCCUCGCAGCUUCAGUUGGGUUCGGUCGCAGGCUCUGCCAUCGCCUUCUUCCUUUGCGAUCGUCUCGGUCGUCUCCGAACCUCGAUGCUCGCUUGUCUCCUCUGGAUCUUUGGCACUGCUAUCUGGAUGACCUCAGCUGGCAUUCACGGGACUCACCACCCAGGCAACUACCACCAGCUCCUUGCUGGUCGCUUCAUUGCUGGCCUGGGUGUUGGUUUCACUCCUGUUGUCGCCCCCGUCUACCUCGCCGAGAUUGCCCCAAAGGCGAUCCGCGGUCUCUGUGUUUGCAUCUUCUCUGGUAGUGUUUACAUUGGAAUCUUGCUUGGCUACUUGUCUAAUCUUGGAACUUCGAUCCAAUUCAACGAUGCAAGACAGUGGACGAUUCCCGCAAGCAUCAACUUCAUAUUUGCCGGAUUGACCUUCAUCGGCUGUCUCUUCGCCAAAGAGUCACCUCGUUGGCUCAUCAAGCAAGGUCGAUACGAAGAGGGCCGCAAGGUGCUCAGCUACUUGCGAAACUUGGAUGAAGACCAUCCUUUCGUAGUCAACGAGAUCGAAGUUAUGGAGCAGCAAAUCCAAGCAGAGAAGGAAGCGCUUGAAGGACUCAACAUGUUCCAGAUCCUCAAGAAGCUCGUUACCAACAAGAACAACCAGUACAUUCUCUUCCUUGGGCUGGGUAUCCAAGUGCUCGGUCAGCUUAGUGGCGGAGGUGUCUACACGAUUUUUGCUCCCAAAAUCUUUGGCCUGCUUGGCGUUCCAGGUGGAACAAGGACCAAGCUGUUUACGACGGUGAUCUUUGGUAUCGUUAAGCUGCUGUCGUCGCUCGCCGCCGCGUUCUUCCUGGUGGAUCUACUCGGCCGCAAGACGGCAGUGACAACGGGUCUGCUCUUGCAGAGCGUGUGCUCACUCUACCUCGCUCUCUUCCUCAAGCUGACUGCCGGUGUCACCAAGGCAACCGAGACGCACUCGGACAAGGCGGCUGCCACGGGGGCCAUCUUCUUUUUCUACCUGAGUGGACUUGCCUGGGCGAUCGGUGUCAACUCGGUGCAGUACCUGACGCAGACCGAGAUGUUUGACAUCACCGUACGAGCGCUCGGCGUCGCCGUGGUGUCGCUGGUGCACUUUGCUAUGCAAUACGCUGCCACUCGCACGCUCAACCCCAUGCUUCAUGCGUGGGGCAACUUUGGAACGUUCCUCUUCUACGCCAUGAUCGCCCUCACGGGCUGCCUGUUUGUCUUCUUCUUUAUGCCCGAGACGGCUGGCCUGCAGCUCGAGGACAUCCACAAGCUGUUCGAGAAGCCCUGGUAUGCUAUUGGCUGGACCCAGAACCGCCCAGCCAGCAAGCGCAAGGCGAGCUCGAAAGACACCCUGACCGACGAGCCACAGAUCGCUAGCGACCUGUCGUACGACGAGCAGAAGAAGUCGCUCGACGAGGGAGCAGACGAGAAGAAGCACUAG